GUCACAUCUUGAGCAUUUAUAUAAUCUUGAUUAUGUCUUUUUGUAAUCUUCAACCCACGGUACAAUGGAUGCAAACACCAGGGACAAUACCCAAUUGUCCACCUGGAUUGGAAUAUCUGACUCAGAUAAAUCAGUUACUAGUGUGUCAACGUUUUGAUCUUCUGGAAGUUCUCAGUUGUUUUGCAACUAGCAAAAAAUAUGAAGUUACGAACAGUCAAGGACAGAGAAUUUAUUUUGCAGAAGACAGAAGUAAUUGUUUCCUGCGAUACCUCUGUGGACCAUCAAGACCUUUUACCAUGACAAUUUAUGAUAAUGUAGGCCGUGAUGUCAUUACUAUCCAAAGAACUCUAAGAAGUCGUUGUUGCUGGAGAAACUGCUCUGUACAAAAGCUAAAAGUUGAAGCUCCUCCUGGUGAAAAAAUUGGAUAUGUGUAUCAAUACUUUCACCCAUUUUUGCCAAUGUUUGAAAUAAAAAAUGAGAAUAAGGAGGAUAUAAUGAAAAUCAGAGGGCCAUGUGUGGUUUCCAGCUGUCUCAAGGAUCUAAAUUUUAAUUUAUUGUCUCUGGAUGAAGAAAUAGUUCUUGGCAAAAUUUCAAAAAAGUGGGCUGGAUUUAUGAUCACCAAUGCUGAUAAAUUUGGAAUCCAGUUUCCAUUUAAUCUUGAUGUUAAGAUAAAAGCACUGAUGCUUGGAGCAAGUUUUCUCAUUGACUAUAUGUACUUUGAAGUCUGGCCAUAAGUUUUGCCAGCUUUCAGCAAAAUUAAACAACUAUC